AUGGAGAGGGAUACAGAGAGGGUCAUGGGUCGCGGCGGCGUCUCCAGACCCCAGAACCGACAACUGCGCUCCCUCCAUGGUAAGGAAGCCGCGCUCCGGUGGUCACCAGACCGGCACUUCCAUGUACUCCGUCGCCAAGUAGCGGGCUCAGGGCCGCAAGAAGACUUGGCCGGCUCGCUUGCCUGCGCCGCACGACGACUCCUCGCGCUCCAGCCGCCGCGUCCCUCAACGUCAGACCAGUUCCUCUGUAAAAAGCACAAGCAGCCAUUUGAGUACAUUGACCGGCCCUUAUCACCGGAUUGGGUCCUAGAUUAUGAACGGGAAGAAAUCCAUCUAGAACUGGGGCAAUUCAUUACUCGCGAUGAGCGUUGCAUCGGUUACGCUGAUGAGUUUAGCCCCUACUAUGUGUAUGGAAAUGAAGUGACGUUGUACAACAACAAUCUUAAGAAGCUGCGCAAGCUAAUUAGAAACAGGACAAUACCUAACAGCUACUAUGUCUGCCACAUGACAAAGACCUUUGCAACCCCUAGAAAAACAAUGUAUUUCCUGGUGCCCUUCUCUAAAGGCAGUAUCUUCCCACAUAUGGAUGCCAACAAUGAGCUGCCAGUAAGCAAUGGAGAUGGUACUGUCAAUGCCAAAGUUCGCUUUAUCAAAGGCGUCGACAACAGAGCUACCAUCACAAAGAACUGGAGCGCUUUCUUUCGACAGGAAGAAAUGGUAAAGGGCCGGGUCUAUGCCUUCGCGUUCAAGUGCUCAGCAAAGGGGCUGCGCAUGAUCGUCUAUCCCCUAUAAGGAGAUCCAUGAAUAUCUGUUAAGCCUAUCCUAGGUUAUACUUUUGGAGCGCCGGUAGCAAAGCAGCAAUGUCCUUUCUAUGUCCUUUCGUCUGUUGCUCUCUCUCAAAACUGUUUCUGGCCUUGUUUUAAAUUAUCGUUCUUAACUACGAUGCCUCUGUAGAGGCGGUUUGAACUAAUAUGUUGACAGACCACCCUCCCUUAUUGUGAAAGAGAUGCUCUUUUUGGAUGGAUUUA